AUGGGUGUACCAGCGUUUUACAAAUGGUUAACCAAAAAAUAUCCAAAGGUUACUGAAGAUGCUAACAUCAACACUACGCCAACUGUGGAAUACGAUAAUCUUUAUCUUGAUAUGAACUCUAUUAUCCACCCAUGUUUUCAUCCCAACGAUGAUAACAUCAAUAGUUGUCCUCCAACAACAUUUAUGGAAGUGUUUGCAAAUAUGUUUUAUUACAUUGAUCAUCUUGUUACCAUUGUUAAACCUCGCAAGCUUUUGUACAUGGCUAUCGAUGGAGUAGCACCACGAGCCAAAAUGAAUCAGCAAAGGACAAGACGCUUUAGAACUGCUAAAGAUGAUGAAAUGCGUCUAAGGAAGCUAUUUGAAAUGGAAGGAAAACAAGUUGUUCCUAAACAAGAAUGUGAAGUGUCAGAUUCUAAUAUAAUAACACCAGGAACUCAGUUCGUGCAUCAACUCUCAAAGGCUCUUAAAACCUAUAUUUCUUCAAGGAUAUCCUCUCAUUCAUUAUGGAAGGAUAUUAUUGUAAUUUUAUCUGAUGCCAAUGUUCCUGGAGAAGGGGAACAUAAGAUUAUGUCAUUCAUAAGAAAACAACGUGGCCUUCCUGAUUAUGAUCCAAACACUGUCCACUGCUUAUAUGGCUCGGAUGCUGAUUUGAUAAUGCUUGGAUUGUCAAGCCAUGAGCCUCACUUUUCAAUUAUACGAGAGGAUGUUCCUAAUUCUUAUGAUAAGGUAGAACAAAAUGUUGUUAAGAGGUUCAAGCUUUUGCAUAUUUGGUUGUUGAGGGAAUAUCUUGAACUAGACAUGAAGAUACAAGAUCCUCCCAAAAAUUGCAUCGUUGAUUUUGAGCGGAUAGUUGACGAUUUUAUCUUUAUUUGUUUCUUUGCUGGAAAUUAUUUUCUUCCCCAGUUGCCCUCUUUGGAUAUUUAUGAGGGUGCUAUUGAUUUACUAAUGACUGUUUACAAGAAAGAGUUUCAUAAACUUGGAGGGUAUCUUGUUGACAUAACUAAGAUGGGGGAGAAGCAUAGUGCUUUUGUGAAGCUAUCAAGAGUUGAAAAAUUUGUAAUCAUGGUUGGUACAUAUGAAGAAAAAAUCUUCAAUAGAAGAAGUGCAAUUAGAGCCAAGAAACUGAGAAGACUUAUUAUUGAUCAUGAAAACUCAAAGCAAGAUGAACAGGAUGCAUGUAAUUUCAUCGAUAUUGAGAAUGAAAAUAGUUCAGAUUGCGCUCUUCGCAUUAAUAAGGCAGCAUCAUUCCGAAUAUUGCAGAAUAUGAUUGUUUUCACAUAG